AUGGGAGACCACGUCCUCUUCGUCUACGGAACACUGAUGGCACCACAGAUGCUACACCGAGUAGUCCACGGGAAUGUAGAGCCUGAACCCUGGCAAAAAGCCAUGCUCCGCUUCCAGCCCGCCGUGCUGCACGGCUACCGGCGCCAUCGUGUGCGGGGUGAAGACUACCCGGGGAUCGUGUCAGCAUCAGAGUCUACAUCCGUUCUAGGCACGCUCGUCUCGGGCCUAACGGAUGGUGAUAUCCACCGUUUGGAUAUGUACGAGGGUGAUGAGUAUAUCCGGGAAGGGGUUUCUGUGCGCGUGCUUCAAGAGUCGUUACCUGAAGGGACUGGGCAGGCGUCGAGCUCGGAGGGUCAUUUGCGGGAUGUGUUGGAUGCGGCUGGAACGGAGUUUGCAGAUGAAGGUGGCGAGGUACAGGCUAUGACUUAUUUGUGGAUUGCUGGAGAGGGGAGGCUGGAAGAUGCGGAGUGGGACUUUGAGACGUUUAAGAGGGAUAAGAUGGCGUGGUGGGUUGGUAGGGACGAGAGUCAGUGGUAG